GUGUAAUCGCGUAACAUACACCCAAAAAAAAUACAGUCGAAUUGAGAACCUGCUCCUUUUUUGAAGUCGGUUAAAAAUUAGUAGGUAGUUUAGGCUGUAGAAGUUAAAGUGUAAUUUAAAACUAUCUUGGAGCGCAGAUAAUGUAAACUUUGUUGUAAAAAAAUAAUUCAAUCUCACUGUUAAAUACAAGAGCGUAUUAACUCAAAAAGUAUAUUUUUUCAGAAUCUAUGAAUAACGACUUGCUCAUAUCCCGUCAAAGUUUAUAAAAUUGAGGUAUAUGUUAAAAUUAUAUUUUUGAGUAAGGACUGUUUUGUUCAGAACUAGUGAACAAAAAGUUUAUCUCAUUUGGAUCAUCAUCAUACAUAUCUUUUAAUUGUUUCUCACAAUACUCUAAUGACGGUUGUAUUAACGUGUGGAGAUUCAAAUUUUUACAUUCAGCAAUAGUAUAAUCUUAACGUUCACAUAUUUUUAAUUACAACACUAUUGUAAUAGCAGUGCGAAUAUCCUCAACAUAUUGAUGGCUUUCUAGAAUGGUGUCCUAUCACAAAAUCAUCGGGAAUCUAAAUACAAAGCAGACGAAUUGUAUACAGUCUCAUAUUCUCACGUAAUUAUUUUAAAUAAUAAAAAGCUCCUGUCUUAUUCACAAUAAAAAUUAGCCCAUUCCGAGUACAUCUGUGUAAUUUAAGACAAAAAAUGAACAAUUUUGCUUUAGGACCCUUUUUUUGAAAAGCAGCGAUAUGUUAUUUUAAAUAACGUAGUUAUCAUCGAGCAUGAAGGCACAGCGUUACCUUGCGACAUUUUAAUUACGAUCAUGGUCUUUCGUUACUAUUACAAAAAACGAAAAUCGAUAAUUUCCACCCCUCAUUUCACCUACUAAUAAUACUUGGUAGGUCAACGCCACCCCAUACAUGCUGGGGUAUCCCAGCACAAUACAUAUAGUCUUAGAUACUCUGCCAAGUUUCAAUGAAAAGUGAGUCUUAAGCAUACUUAACAUAAGGUUAAUUUUUAGAAAUUAAUGUUCAGAUGUUUGAGGACACUGAGCGAUCAAAUCAUUGUGAUGCUGACUGUACCUUUCAGUAAAUAAAUAUUUUGUGGAUUGUGUACUUUUAAGUAAAUAUUUAUGAAUAAUAGUUAUAAACUUUCGAAACCUAUAAAUUUCAAUUGAAUCAUCCCUCUUGUCUAUUCACACCUACAUUAUUAAAAGAUUAGUUUUCAAAAAGAAACCAUGAUAAACAAUUUCAUUGUUGUGCAAUAAGUUACUAUGGAAACAAGAUUGAGCUGAUCCUAGUACUACAUCAUAAAAUGAACUGUGCAAUGUACUGAAGUACUUUCAUUUAAAAAAAUCAAGUAAUUUAGAGAAAAGUGACAAUAAAAUAAUUAUAUCUCGGAAAUCAUUGGGUACAAAGUUGGAAAUGACUUCAUCCCUUGCGCGCGCAUACGACAGUAACUACCCAGCCCAUUUUCAAUCACCUAGUCAACCGUUUAGCGUCUUUCUACAACGAACAAACUUUUUGCGCUUUCAAUUAAGUUUAUAUUUUUUAUUCAAAGCAAAGGACUGUAUAAUUCAUACAAAUGGGCAGCUGUUGUGCAUAUACUCAAAAAACACGACCACAAAGGAGAAUACACGGCCUCGAGCUUCCUCUGAACUUUCAGCAAGUGAUCGGUUGGUUUGUUUUCAUAGCUACCGCCCUUGUUAAUUCCAUUAUACUAAUUGAGAUCCAGUUCAAGGAAUUGAAAGUGAUAUCAAUAAUUACGUUUGCGAUUUUGUAUUUGUGUCAUGUCGCAUCGCAUUUAACUGCGGCUCUGACUGACCCUAGCGAGAGGGAGUUGAGGAAGUUGAAAGUGAACAAUGUGCCGGAGUUUGAUCGCAGCGUACACGCCCACGUCAUAGAGAACGGGAGAUGUCACUUGUGUAAUAUAUAUACGAGCAGCAGGAGCACCAAGCACUGCAGUCUUUGCAAUAAAUGCAUCGACCACUUCGAUCAUCAUUGCAAGUGGCUGAACAACUGCGUGGGUCAGAGGAACUAUGCAUCCUUCAUAACUUGCGUUACGACAGCACUACUUAUUUCUCUAUUUACUUCAUCUUUGUGUGUAACCGACAUUGUGCUGUUUUUAUCGUACCCACAGAAACUAAGUGCGCCUGCACAGAACUUUAUUAACUGUUCCCUAUAUUCAGAUACUUCGUACAAUUUUAAAUAUUGCAAGAAUUCUAUACUUUUCUUCACAUUUUUGAUUAUAUUCUGUGUGUGUGCCUUAGCGAUAGCGUGUGCCUUAUUGCACUUAUGUUGUUUUCAUGUUUACAUCUCGUUGUUAGGUGUUUCUACUUACGAGUAUAUUGUUAAGAAUAGUUCGUCGAGUAAAUCUACCCCAAAGUGCAAUUGUCAAUGUUGUUCGAGAAAAUUGUAUGUAAUUCACAAAUCUAAAGAGAAGAAUAAUUCAUAUCAAUCAGAUAAUGUUAAAGGAGAUUUAAGAGAAUGUAAGGUGAAUAAAUCUAAGGUAAAUGUGGAGGAGAAUGGAGAAUUUCAUGCCAAUGGAGACCAAAAUAAUCUUAGUGAUUCUAAAGUGUCUCAUAUGAUAAGUGUCCUUGUUGCCAAUGAGCUGAGCAAAGCAAAGAAAGUGUUUAACGAUAAGAAUAAAAUACAUCCUCAGCAUGAUACUGACAUCAGUUAA